GACCCCACUCUCCAUCCUCCCCUUUUCUUUUUUUCACCCUUAAAAGCUCAUGAUACCGACACAAACUCCAUUUCUCACUUCAUCUUUCUCGUCCAUCAAUUCCUGAUUCCCAAUCUCCGUCAUGGAUCAGAGGCUCUACGAUGCAUCCCUAAGCGGCGACGCUACCGCAUUCCUCAAUCUCAUCCAAGAGAAUGAGCAUUUCAUCAAUCAAAAGACGCAUGGGUCCCACAACACGCCGUUGCACCUUGCUUCGAGACUGGGACACUUCAAACUGGCAUCGGUGAUAAUCAAGCUCCGACCCCAGAUGGUGUCGACCGAGAACGAGAGAAAGGACAGCCCUUUGCAUGAAGCGAGCCGUGAGGGGCAUGUCGAGGUGCUGAGAUUGUUAUUGGAGACUUGCCCAUGGGCAGCACAUAAGAUAAACCGUCUCAAUGAGAGCGUGUUGUUCGUUGGUUGCAGUCGUGGGCAGUUGGGUGUGGUCAGGUACCUGUUGAGCAAGCCCCAGUUCCUUGUUUCAGAGGAGGAUGGCUCGUCGACUCCCCUGCAUGUUGCUGCAUCGUUGGGUUACAAAGAUAUCGUUCAUGAAAUACUGAAAGUUCGGCCAGAUUUCGCGUUAAAAUUAGAUUGUGAGGGAUACUCUCCGUUGCACUUAGCUUCUAGCAAAGGGCAUUUAGACAUCACAAGGGAGCUUCUACUAGUAAACUCUCAUCUUUGUUUCAUGAGAGACGGUGCUGGAAGAAUACCUCUCCAUUCUGCAGCGAUCAACGGCCACAUUCAGAUCCUAAAUAAGAUACUCUCAGCAAAUCCCGACUCCAUAGCGACGCUAACAAAACAUGGAGAGACUGUCAUACACCUAAGCAUCAAGGCCAACCAAUAUGAGACUGUCAAGUACUUGGCGGAGAACAUUGAUGUUGCGGAUUUCUUGAACUUGCCAGACGAUGAUGGAAACACCAUAUUACAUAUCGCAGCCUCCAGGAAGCACUUGCAGAUAGUUGAAUACCUACUCAACAAAUCUGAGGUUGAAGUUAACAUUUUAAACCGAAAGGGAUUCACAGCUCUAGACAUCGCCGAGCAGGUCGCUAUGCACAGUGACACACAGAAUCUCAAAGGUAUGCUAGAGAGCGCUGGUGGCAAAAGAAGCAGAGAGUUUCUACAUGAACCUCAGCUAGAGAGAUUCCUAGAAAAUAAUCGGAAGGGGCGGUCAUCAUCUCCAAAGAGGCUUAACGGGUCUCCGGUAAAUUCACCACGCCGUCGACGCCAAAAUCGUGCGAGAAAACAAUUUGAGCCCUUCAAUGAGAUGGAAAAAUCUCUUGUGCCAGCCAAAAACAUGCCAGCCCAAUCACCCAAUGUUCAAGAAACAGUCCAUAUCGGACCACCGUCAUGUCCCAACGGUAUCUUAGAAUCCUCGAUGAAGUUGAAUUCUUAUCAGUGUGACAGUAGCCGAAAACGUCAGCUUGAGAUUCACUAUGAAGGGAUCCGAAAUGCUCGAAAUACAAUAAUAUUGGUUGCCAUUUUGAUUACUACUGUCACCUUCACCGCUGGUGUCAACCCGCCUGGUGGCAUCUACCAGGAUGGAAUGUUAGUUGGCAAGUCGAUCAUGGGAAGAACGACGGCCUUCAAAGUUUUCAUGGUCAGCAACCAUGUGGCCUUAUUUUCAUCCAUUGGCAUUGUCGUCAUCCUAGUCAGCGUCAUACCUUUCAAACGCAAGUCGAUGAUGAAAUUGUUGGGGGUGACGCAUAAGAUGAUGUGGGUCUCAGUGUCUUUCAUGGCUGUAGCAUAUGUGGCGGCAAUAUGGGUGACGGUGCCGGGCACGAGAGGGACGAGAUGGGAGAUGGUGGCUUUGGUAUCAGUUGGAGGAGGAAGCUUGGGGUCUGUUUUUGUGUGGCAAGGUGUGCUACUAACAAGGCAUUUUCUGAGGAAGUGGGAGCUGAAAAGAGAGAAGAAGAUACAGAUUAAGGAGACUGCUACCUCAGAUUCUGAUAACUCAGACAUGGAGAGCUCCAAAACAUCAGGCUACCAUACAUACUAGGUUUUAUAUUACACCAUUGGCACUGAUCUUUAACUAACACAUGGAUACAUUGCAAUUGAUACACAAUCAUCUAUUGACAUUUGGAUCCUUAGAUUGGUCAAUCCUGGCCAAUUCAUUCAUUUGCUCCUAAUCUCUUUCUUGGAACCUUCAGAGAUUGAUGAAUCUCAAGAUUGUUGAGUCCACCAAUCACUCUACAAUCUCUAAAAGUUGGAAUUGUAGACUGGCAUUGGAGAAAAAAUGGAAUUGUACAAUACUGGACUAAUCAAUUGACUAUUGAUUAUUUGUAAUCGAUUCAUAGUCCCCCAAUGUGAGGUCUGUUGUUCAAGAUCUUCAACUCAAGAUUUAUAUUCAGUUUGAUCAUUAAGAAUAAAAUUUUCUGCCAUUUAA